UUUAAACUCCUAGGCAUGCAAGUUGAACAUGCAACUAGCUUAUCAAAUGAUUUGUUCACGUAUACAUUCUCAGCUUCGCGAGCUGAUAUCGCUUUGAUCGGGUUGGCCGUGAUGGGCCAAAAUAUCAUUCUGAACAUGAACGACCAUGGCUAUGUGGUCUGUGCUUUCAACAGAACUGUAGAAAAAGUGGACAGAUUUCUUGCAAAUGAGGCCAAAGGCACUAGGAUUGUUGGAGCACACUCACUACAAGAAAUGGUAUCAAAGCUUAAGAAACCCAGGAGAGUCUUGCUUCUUGUCAAAGCUGGAAGUGCUGUUGAUGCCUUCAUUGAUCACUUGGUUCCUUUGUUAGAAUCUGGUGAUAUAAUCAUUGAUGGAGGAAAUUCUGAGUACAAAGAUUCCAUGAGGAGAUGCAAGGCCUUGGAAGAGUGUGGCCUGCUUUUUGUCGGCAGCGGCGUCAGUGGCGGAGAGGAGGGUGCACGUUAUGGGCCCUCCCUAAUGCCAGGGGGCUCAGAGAAGGCCUGGCCACAUAUCAAGCCCAUUUUCCAAGCCAUUGCAGCAAAGGCUGGUAACGAUCCAUGCUGUGAUUGGGUUGGUGGGGAUGGCUCUGGUCACUUUGUUAAGAUGGUUCACAAUGGAAUUGAGUAUGGAGACAUGCAGCUUUGCUGUGAAGCAUACCACCUCAUGAAGGAUGCACUAGGUAUGACAUCAGAUGAAAUCAGCCAGGUGUUUGAUGAGUGGAAUAAAGGAGAGUUGGACUCAUUCUUAAUUGAAAUAACCAAGAACAUCAUGGCUUACAAAGAUGCUGAUGGCUCUCCUCUGGUUGAGAAAAUCCGCGAUUCUGCAGGACAGAAAGGCACUGGAAAAUGGACUGCUAUUUCAGCCCUGGAGUAUGGCAUGCCAGUCACACUGAUCGGGGAGUCUGUGUUUGCAAGGUGCUUGUCUUCCCUACAGGCUGAAAGAGUGCAUGCCAGUACCCAUCUGAAAGGACCUGCCAGUACCAAGUUCACAGGGGACAAGAAGGAAUUUGUCGAGCAUAUUAGAAAGGCACUGUAUGCGUCCAAGAUCGUGUCAUAUGCACAGGGCUUCAUGCUAAUGAGAGAGGCAGCCAAGGUCUUCAAUUGGAAGCUGAACUAUGGAGGCAUCGCACUCAUGUGGCGAGGUGGCUGCAUCAUCCGCAGCCGAUUCCUCGGAAACAUCAAGGAUGCCUUCAACAAAAAUCCCAACUUAGACAAUCUCUUGCUAGAUGAUUUUUUCAAGGAUGCCAUCCAUAAGUGCCAGGAUUCUUGGCGCAAGACCAUCGCCACCGCAGUUACUCUAGGCAUCCCUACACCUGCUUUCAGCACUGCGCUUGCAUUCUACGACGGCUACCGAUCUGCCCGCCUUCCGGCCAAUCUCAUCCAGGCUCAGCGCGACUAUUUUGGUGCCCAUACCUACGAACUGCUCUCAAACCCAGGUCACUUUAUUCAUACGAACUGGACUGGCAAGGGAGGCAAUGUAUCAUCUACUACUUACCAGGCUUAGCUCGGCCAACGCGACCAAUUCUCGGCUCGAAUGUAGUUCCAAUUGAUUCAUGCGUAAAGCGAGGAAAGGGGGGGGGGGGGGGGGCUUGUGAGACGAUAGCACUAGCUUAACCUCUAACCCUCUAAUUGCGAUAAUUCUCAAAUGCUGUACACCAGUCCCAUUGUAUGUCCACAUCUGAUUUUAUGGAAAUAAAAUGUUGUAUGAGAUGCAUUA